GGAAGGCGCGGGCGGGAAGGGCGGGAGAAGGCGCCGUAAACAGCCCGACUCUGGGGCGGCUCUUGGCGGCGGAGGGCGGGGUCCGGGGGGGGCUCCAUGAGGAGAAGUCCCCCUAAACCCGCCGCCCCUCUCCGUCCCGGGACGCUCCGGCCGCAAGUUUGGACUUUUUUUUAUUUCGGUGCCUUUUUUUGAGGGGGCGGUGCCCCCCCCCCACCCCCCGUCCCACAAAAUGCCCGAGAUUAAGCUUCAGUACGUGGUGUCCUGCAGCAGUGAAGACCCGACACACAAGGCUGAGAACCUGCUGCGUGCGGACACCUACCGUAAAUGGCGGUGCGGUGACUGUGGAGAGAAACAGAACUCGGUCAUUCUCCAGUUUGAGAAGGCGGAAUUGAUUCACAGUAUUGAUAUCGGCAAUGAGGGGUCUGCUUUUGUGGAAGUGCUGGUGGGCAAUUCGACGUCGGCCUGUGAGCAGGAUUUUGAGGUCAUCCUGGUCUCCUCCUUUUUCAUGUCUCCCACGGAGAGUCGCAGCGGCACCAACCUCAACCGCGUCCGCAUGUUUGGUCCGGACAAGUUGGCCAAGGGUGUCCUGGGAAAAAAGUGGGACCGAGUCAAAGUGGUCUGUACUCAACCAUACAACAAGAAUUUGCCCUACGGCCUCUCGUUCAUCAGGUUUAACUCCACUCCGGAAGCCGAUGAGAAGAUCCCAGGUUCAUGCACUCCGAAGGUGACCAAGCUGGGCCAGUUCGUGGUCAAGGAGGAGGAGGGGAGCAGUGAGGGCCUGCGGCCCGGCAGUCUGUUCUUCAACAGGGCCACCAGGCCCCAGUCUGCUUCGACAGCGUCCCCCCCCUCACCGAGUGGCCGGCCUGGAUCCAGUUACGCAGCAGCUGCCCUGCAGGCCAGCGGGGUGACCUCCCCCAGCUCUUCGACUGUGGCAGCCGUCGAGAAGAUCCCAGGACAGCCCGGCUCCCGAUCACCUCCCCCCAAGGAGGGGGUGCCAGCCAAGAGGAAGUUCGAGUUUCCCAAGGAGCGAACGAAGAAGGAAAAGGAGAUGGCGGAAGGUUCCGGCAAGAAGGCCAGCCCGUCUCCGUCUGCUCCGAAACGGCCCCGAGUCGACCCACCUGCCACGUCCCCCUCCCCGAAGACAGCCCUGGCCUCCGGGAGGGGGAAAGGGAAGCCAGGGGCGGGCGGGAGGGAGCCCAGACCCCCCGGCGAGGCCCCCGACUUCCACUCGCUCCUGGCGGGCACCAUGCUGGUCCUCAGUGGGUUCCAGAACCCCUUCCGCUCCGAGCUGCGGGACAAGGCGCUGGAGAUGGGAGCACGAUACCGGAGCGACUGGGACGCAGAGUGUACGCACCUGAUCUGUGCAUUUGCCAACACCCCCAAGUAUACACAGGUGAAGGCGCUGGGCGGGACCGUGGUGAGGAAGGACUGGAUCCUCGACUGCCACAGGAGGAGACGCCGGCUCUCUCACAAACGUUACCUGUUGGACGGCGCUGGCUCGAGCAGUGAGGACGAGGAGGAGGGUGAAGCCCCCGGCCCCCCGUUGCCUCGAACACAGACGGUGGACAGGAAGACCCCCCGCAAGGACACACCAGGCCCCCACAAGCAAGGACAGCAGGCGGACGUGACUCCCACCACCUCCCGGCGAGACGACAGGCCGCUGAUUCCGGAGCAGGACUACCAGGGAUCCACGGACGAGGAGGUGCCAGGAGCACAGAGGACGGUGGAUGACGAUUCAGGCUGUGACACGGAAGAUGAGAUCAAGAGGGUCCAGGAGCACCUCGAGAAGCAGCGGGGGGAGGAGAGCGAUCCCUACACGGCCUCCACAGACGAGAAUACCGACGUUGAGGAUGGAGGAGAGGCGAACGACCUGCCCAUUCCGGAGCUUCCUGAUCUCUUCAUGGGGAAGCACUUCCUCCUGUACGGAGAGUUUCCAAACAAUGAGCGUCGCGUGUUAACUCGUUACAUCACCGCCUUCAACGGGGCCCUGGAAGACUACAUGAGCGAGAGUGUCAACUUUGUAGUGACAGCUGAGGACUGGGACGACCGAUUUGAUGAGGCCCUGAUGGAGAACUCAAACCUGGCCUUCGUCCGUCCCCGCUGGGUGUACACCUGUAAUGAGAGGCAGAAGCUGGUUCCCCACCAGCCCUACGUGGUGGUACCCAGCAUCUAGACCACCCACCCAUCUCCUGCGGGGGGAAGAGGACGGAGCCCACCAAGGAAACCUUCCUUCCCUCCCCCCCCACCUCCCCAUUUGCUGUAUUGUGUCUAGCCACUGGGGAUGAGCUCUAUGCUGGUGUCCCUCCCAACCUGUUCUAUGGGCAACUCCCUCCCCAAUUCUCAUCUUUUAUUGGUUCUAUUUUGAUAUAAAGAAAGUAAAACCAGCGUUUCACAGA